AUGCAACAGCUUGACUUGAAAAAAUGGUCUGCCAUGCCAUCUCUCGGUGGAACAGACCGUCGUAUGGGCACUUUUCGACAGUCCCAUGUCUCUGAAGAAGGUGAGAAUCAUAGACUGGAUGCUGUACUCUCGCUGCUCUUCCCUUCUGCGGUUAGCGUGCAACAUUCCCAGCCGAUUCUCGGUCAUGUCCACACGUUGCGGCUCCUGGUACUUUCCAACGGAGCUCGUCUGUUAUUAAAGGGCUCCCCAUCAUCUAGAACGGCUCUUCUACGACGUGAACGAUCGUUUCUCGAAACUGAAGCCCAAUUUCUUGCCCUACUUGGUACAAGUGGAAACCCUUGUAUCCCUCAGCUCUACCAUUAUGACCCGCAUGGCAGAGUAUGGGGAUCCCCGUAUAUGGUUCGACAGUAUAUGAAAGGAAGGUCAUUGCGAGAGAUGGAGAGCCAACUCACUCCUCAGAAGCGGGAUGACAUUGACCGCCACCUGGGUUUCUUGUCGAGCACCAUCGGUCAAAAUGCAGCACCCGGGUUCGGCUCUCUGCAGCAAGUGGCAUAUGGCGCUGGAAGGCCCUCCUGGAGAGAGGCCUUCUGUACCCUCUUUGAGGGCAUCCUCCGGGAUGCCGAGGACACGUUUAUUCAUCUUCCUUAUUUGGAGAUUCGGAACGAACUGAGUCGCCUGGCCCCUGCUCUCGAAUUUGUCACCUUGCCACGCUUGGUGGUCGUCGACUUCGGUCAGCCAUCUCAUGUAUUGUUGAACGAGGAGUCUGAGCAGGUAUCUGGGAUUGUGGACUUUAGCAGCGCUCUCUGGGGUGACGUUUUGAUGGCAGAGAUCUUUGCAAAUCCGUCACCGGCUGUCUUGCAAGGGGCAGGGAUGUCGCCUUUCCGAACAAGGGAGGAAAAGAUCCGGCUAGUCCUGUAUGCAUGCUAUCGGCUGGUCUCCCAGGUCACUCUUCAGUAUCAUCGGAGCCGAGAUGAGACCAGCGAAUUCGACGCGCGGAGACGAUUGACAACCACCAUUGCGGAGAUGGCGAAACUUGAAUAG